AUGACUCAUCCUCAAGGUUCUCCGUCUUCUGGAAAUGUUUGUCGUUUACGUCGCGCUUUAUAUGGGUUGAAUCAGGCCCCUCGAGCUUGGUAUGCCACAUUUAGUGUUGCACUAUUGGAGUUUGGUUUUACCACAUACGCUUACGACCCUGGCUUAUUUCUUCAUCAUUCUUCAUCUAGGAUAGGUAUACUAUUGCUUUAUUUUGAUGAUAUGAUCAUUACGGGAGAUGAUGCGUCUGGUAUUUCUGAUCUACAGGCAUAUCUUAGCCAGCAGCUUGAGAUGAAAAGCUUGGGUCCCAUUCGUUACUUCUUGGGGCUUGAAGUUUCUGAUUCUCCCAAUGGUUUUUUUCUAUCUCAGGCUAACUAUGCCUCCGAUCUUCUUGCUCGAGCUGGUCUCACAGACUGUCAGGUAGCCUUUACACAACUUGCCUAUGACAUUCAACUUACUCCUCAUGAUGGCUCUCUUCUUGAUGACCCUACCUUCUAUUGUCAGCUUGUUGGAAGCUUGAUCUAUUUGACUGUCAUCCGACCAGAUAUCGCUAAUGCAGUCCAUAUUGUGAGUCAGUUCAUGGCUGCUUUGAGGACCUCUCACCACUCCGCCGUCUUACAUAUUUUUCGUUAUGUGAAUGGUACUUUUAUGCAUGGCUUACACUUCUCCUCUCAUUCAUCUUUGACUCGCAGUGGUUACUCUGCUGAUUGGGCAGGUGAUCCUAUUGAUCGUCGUUCGACCACUAGUUUAUACUUCUUCCUGGGUGAUCCUCUCAUUUUCUGGCGCAACAAGAAGCAGACUUUGGUUUCUCACUUGAGUGCCAAGUCAAAGUAUCGUGCUCCUGCUGACUCUACUUCAGAACUUUUAUGGUUUCGUCAACUAUUCACUAAUUUUGGUGCCCCUUAG